ACCACUACCACUACCACUACCACCGCCACCAACACCUCCACUUGCACACUCUGACCACUGACUGGGAGCUGCAAAGGAAAUGCCCCAGUUCUCCCUGCUGCUGGCCGACUGUUCCAGUACAUCUCCCGCUCUGCUUUGGUCCAGUCUGCUACCGCGAGAGGGCUAGGGAAGGGGACUCCAAGAGAGGCAGAUACAGGAAAGGAGGGAGACACCAGCAAAGAGGGAGACACCAUCGAAAAGCAGGAGACACAGAAACACAGAGGGAGACGGGCACAGACAUGGCGUUCCUCUUUGGACGCUCGCGCCAGCGUUCGGCCCUUGAUAUGGUCAAGACAGUCAAGGAGCUGCUGCAGAAACUGCCCAAGGACGAGUCUCCACAGACGACAAAGAUCGAGGACGACCUUGCCCGCAACCUCUCGCAGAUGAAAGUCACCCUGCAAGGCACCCCAGAAGCCGAGACUUCACCUGACCAAGUCUACCAGCUCGUGUCGGCCAUCUUGUCCGAGCAGCUGCUCCCCAUCCUCGUCGACAACAUCUACCGCUUGCCCUUUGAAGCCCGCAAAGACACCCAGACCAUCAUCUCCAACGUCUUCCGCUUCCGCAGCUCCGGCAGCACUUCCAGCGAGCCCGAUGCGUUGAAGGAGGUCAUUCGGAAACAGCCCGAGAUCAUUGUCGCCCUCUGCAAUGGCUACGAGAGGAGGGAGAGCGCCAGUGCGUGCGGUGGCAUCCUGAAGGAAGCCCUCAAGCAUGACGCCGUGGCGGCGGUCAUAUUAUACGACGAGCCUCGCGCAGAUGGCAAGACCCAGGACAUCUACAACGACGUGGACGUCUCGCAAAAGGCCACGGGAAAGGGCGUCUUCUGGAAGUUCUUCACCUGGAUCGACAAGUCCAGCUUCGAGGUCUCGGCCGACGCCUUUGACUGUUUCCGAUUCAUCCUGACCAAGCACAAAAGUCUUGUGGCACAGUAUGUCAACACCAACUUUGACGCUUUUUUCCAACUGUACAACGAGACUCUAAUCAAGAGUGAGAGCUACGUGACGAAACGGCAGAGUAUCAAGCUGUUAGGCGAGGUAUUGCUGGAUCGACAGUUUUACGAGUGCAUGUGUCGAUAUGUGGAGAGUGGGGACAACCUCAAGCUGGUCAUGUGGCAGUUGAAGGAUGAUAGAAGGAUGGUGCAAUACGAAGCCUUUCACGUGUUCAAGAUCUUCGCAGCAAACCCACACAAGAGCGUUGACGUGCAAAAGUUCUUGAUUAUGAACAAAGCCCGCUUACUCAAGUUCCUGCCGAAAUUCCUCGAAGACCGGACAGAAGAUGAUCAGUUCAACGACGAAAAGGCGUGGCUGAUCAAAUCCAUCAGCAAUCUUCCCGACACGACUGCUGGUCUGCGAUCCCCAUCGACGCCAGGUCGGACGGAAAGCGUGUCUCCGUUGAAUAACGGAGUGCGAUCGUAGCCUCUUUUCUUUUCCUUUUUUCUUUUUACUCAUGUCCUGGAAUGGAUUGGCGUUUAUGGGGGGGAAUACUAUCAGGAAAGGUGUAUCAGCACCAUGUGCAUCAUGACAUUGCAUCAUGACAUGAGUGAUGGCGACACGGCCGCAGUAGACACGCGAAAAGGGGGGAGAGAUGCAUCUGACGACGACGCGUGAGCUACACAUCCUAGCUCUAAUGCUAAUGAGGCGAAUAUGUCUAGGACAAGAAUGCAAAAUGUCCAUGA